ACCACUAACUUUUAGCACUGGAACUAACCCCUUCAUCGUGAUCCCCUGUCCCCACCAGUGCUUGAUUCAGAGCGCUUGCGUACUGCGAAACCCCGAUGACCGACUGAUGUGUGGUAUGUAAGCUGGAGCCUCGAUUUAAUCAGACUAGUCUCCACUACUUGUUCUUUUCUUUGAAUCCUUCAGCCUCUCAUCGAAUCUGUCCAUCAUGACCCUGAACUGCCUUCCGUCAACACAGUGCAGCGAUAUCAGUCUUGCCGUUACAGAGAGUGUCUUUCUCCACGGCGACGGAAGGAACAUCAAGGAUACUGUAUCCAAAUCUCCCGCAAAUGCACGUGCGUCGAGAAGGUUCGCGAGAAGAUCUCGCAAUGGGUGUCGCACCUGCCGUGCUCGACGAGUCAAAUGCGACGAGACACCUGGGAUCUGCACCAACUGUGCGCGAACAGGCAGACGGUGCGAGUAUGAUCUGCACCGAAUACCCGACCGAGCGCCUCGAGGCAGCAUUGUCGCCUCAAUUGCGGUGCCGUGGAAAGUGACUUCGGACGAACGACGAUGUCUCUCAUACUUUCAGAACCUUUCCCUGCCGCAUCUCGUAGCCUUCUUUGACUCCCCGCUAUGGCAGCGUCUGAUCCUUCAGCUUUGCCACCGUGAGCCUGCCGUGUUCCACGCCGUCAUCGCCUUGGGAGCUGUGCACCAGGCGCACGAGCUGGGGGGCGGACGCUUGCGGCCGGGACAACGCCAGGCCCUCUUUGAGCGGCACAGUGAACAGAAGCAAUGGUAUUUGUUUGCUAUGGCGCAGUCCGGUCGAGCCAUCGCGAAGCUGAACGAGCGAGGGCAAUCGCCUGACCCGCAGUUCCAGCGUGUGAUCCUGGCCUGUUGUCUCCUCUUCAUCAUGGGCGAGCUGCUGCAACAAGACAUGAGCCGCGCGACUAUUCACAUACAGGCUGGCCUUCACAUCCUACAGGGGCUGGAAGUCCGGCGCCGAGCCUCGAGCCUCGACCUGACCGUGGCAGGGGGAGGCGACACAAAUGGACCCCAAGUGGUGGAGGACUGCGUGGUCGAGGCCUUUUUGGAAUUGCAGAUGUGUUCGAUCUUCUACGGCACUACAGAGCCGCUGCAUCUACAUGAUGAGGUUGUCUACGACCGUCCCUACCGCGACCUGUACCUGACUCAAAGGUUUCGGAGCCUGCAGCACGCCCACCAAGUUCUCACUCCGCUGCUCGACACGAUGGCUCUCUUCGUGUGGCAAGGCUCGCAUCUCUCCGACGAGGACAUUGCGCGGGACUAUGCAUCCCUCCACACUCGCCAGCAGAGUCUCAUCGCCUAUUUUACCCGCUUCCUCCAUCUGCUGGACGAGUACUGCCACCACGACCACCACCACCGUCUCGUCCCGUCAGCUGCCGGCAAUACGCGCCGCCACGGCACCAACAAGGACGCCCCUCAAAAAUCCCUCCGCGAAGCACACAUCAUGCGACUCUCCUGCAUUUACGGCCGGUACAGCGUCCAAAUCGCGCUCGCGAGCAAGGAGAGACCGCUCCCCGCGUCGCUAGCAGACGACGCCUUCGCCGUCCUCGUCGCCGCCGAGACAGCCAUGGCCCAAUUUACCCUCACCGAACGGCCCGCGGUCACCACACGUUGCGAGAUUGUCCCCGCGCUGUGCACCGCCACCAUGCGGUGUCCGGAUUUCCGUCUCCGCUGUCGAGGGAUCGAGAACCUGCGCGCCUGGGACGCCCAGGAAGGGUUCAUGAACGCGGCGUUCAAUGCGGAUCUCAUGGAGGAAUUGAUGAAGGUGGAGCUGUUGCGGCUGUACGCCGCUGGAGCGCCUCCACCGCCGGGCGUGACUCUGGAGAGGGAGACGGUGGGCGCCACGGGCAGCAGGGAUGGUGGAGGUGAGGGCGCGAAUGGCGGGCCGAUCGUGGCGCGGAUCGUGUAUUGCGGGAGCGACGGGGCGGAGCGGGAGCAUCGCGUGCGGUUGGUGCGGAAUGAGACGCUGGCGGCGGACCUGCGCGCCAUUGAGGGGUCGGAGACCUGGCCUUGCAUGCGAUUAUUGGGGUUGAUGGAUGAGUCUGCGAUGCUGGUGGAAGCCACUGCAGAGAAGAAUGGUGACCGCAGCGAAUGACCGCGGGGGAUCGGAUUGUCUACAAGAGAUCCACUCUGGGGAUCAUUGGAAUGUCAAGAUAAAGAAACUCGAACAAAACAGUUGAAACUCAAUUGUUG